GAAUUUUUUCAAGAUGAUUCGGUAUUAGCCAUCAAAUAAUUUUUCAGUAGAAGUGAGGACAAUUUCGUUUCUCGGUGUAAUUCGAAAAUCAUGUCUCCGAGCGCAUUGGUGUUUUUCAGAGAAAAAUUGGUGUUGUGAUGACGUCAAAGAAAAAAGGAGUCAUUCAGUGUUGGAAAUCUUCUUUAGUGCGGCUGUAUAAAAACAUAAAGAAUAAAAUUCAGCGAGCAUCAUCCAGUAGAUUAGUAAUAUCUUAUUAGAAUAAUAUUCUGUGGAAAAAUUAAUUUGCUUUGUCUUGUCUUUGAAAAAUUGUAGAAACACUAAAAAUUGAAUUCACUCACCAUGGAUGUCUUCAAAAUGGAACCAAGUCUCAACUCUUUAGGAACCGCAGUUCCCGGAGUUAAAGUUUCUACCACCGAAGUUACUUUCGAUACCAACACCGACUUCAACUUGUCCUUUUUCGACUCGUCAACGCCUCCCCCUUCCGUAUCAAAGAAGGAGCCCGACUUUUUGAACGAUCGCGAUGCAGAGGGUCUCUUCGAGUCCAUGACUUCCGACUCAUUGUUUUCUCCAGUCUCCAUCAAGAAAGAAGAUUUUAAUGAACGGCAAGACAGCAGCAUGUAUGAACCAAUGUCCACCGACUACUCAUCGCCAUUCACCAGCGAAGAGUCAAAAUAUACGUCUUUUUCUGAUGCCGCGGUGCCUUCAUCUCUACAACAAACGCCCCCCAGUCCCGCACCGACACUCAGCCCGCGCUGUGACACGCAGUCGGCCAGACAACACAGUAAAGUGCCCAUCAUAAUCAAGUCAGACCAGAGCUACCAAGUGGCCGACAGCACCCCCAGCGCCCAGAGCUCGACUCCCUCCAAGACGUUCGUGGCGUGCAAGGUUUGCGGCGACAAGGCGUCAGGCUACCACUACGGCGUCACCAGCUGCGAGGGCUGCAAGGGCUUCUUCCGGCGCAGCAUCCAGAAGCAGAUAGAGUACCGCUGCCUACGGGACGGCAAAUGCCUCGUAAUCCGUCUCAACAGAAACCGAUGUCAGUAUUGUCGCUUCCGGAAAUGCAUCAGCGUCGGCAUGAGUCGUGAUUCAGUCCGGUAUGGUCGAGUGCCCAAAAGGUCUCGAGAGCGAGAGAGCCUCGACUCCCGGUCUCCCAGCGCCCCUCCUACGCCAGGGUCUGCAGCAAUCGAGGGACCGCUUACCCCCACCGGUCUGUCCUCUUCAUCCAACGGCUACACUCCAGCCUGUGAUCUCCCUUCAUCCCAAGGGCUGAGUAACGGGUCCAGCAACGGCGUGAGCAGCACCAUGAGUAACGGCAUCAGCAACGGUGUGGUGAACCAAGUGAUGAUGGGUAAUGGUAGUGAGAGCUGUAUUGAUGAUGGUGGUGAUGGAGCAGGAAGAGCACGAGUGGUGAGCUCAUCAUCCAUGAUGGAGGUGGAGCACAAGCAGGCCGAUAUAUACGACUUCAUCAUGGCGGUGUCACAAGCCCACUUCAGCACCUGCAACUAUACGGAGGACAAAGUUAGAGACCUUGUUCGGAAACCCGUUCUUUUUAACUCAAGCAUCAGCGACCCGGACGAAGCGAGCAGCACUGCGGAUGCGCUGGACGACCAGAAGAUCCGCCUUUUCCAGGGAUUGUCGACAUGUGUCAGCCCAUCCAUACAAUCCGUGGUUGAAUUCGCCAAAAGAUUGACAGGUUUCAGUUCGUUGGGGCAAGAUAUCCAGUUGAACCUCAUCAAGGGUGGAUUCUUCGAGCUCUGGCUGACACGCGUCAGUCGCGUCACCUCGUCUUUAGACAACACACUAACCUUCGCCGACGGUUCUUACGUCACGCGACAUCACCUCAACCUCAUCUUUGACGUUGAUUUCGUUGACUCGCUCUUCAACUUCGCCGCGUCGUUCAAUUCCCUGGGACUCCACGACACCGGCAUCGGGUUGUUCUCAGCCGCUGUUCUCUUCACGCCCGACCGCCUGGGUGUCAUUGACAGGAAAAAUGUCCAGUAUCAUCAAGAUCGAGCUAUGGAGGCUCUCCGGACUCAUGUAAGUCAGACGUCACGAAGCCAUCCCAUGGACAACAGUAUAUUCCAAAGUCUGCUCAGUAAACUUCAAGAACUUCGCAAGAUUGGAGGAUGCCAUCAGAGUCACCUGCAGUGGUUCAGGGACAACUGGAACAGAUUGGAACUGCCUCCACUUUUUGCAGAAAUUUACGAUAUUCGACAAGACGAGUCGAAACUCAUGUUGAACUGACUGGGCGCGUUGCAGCAUCUACCUCGAGCGACCUUUGCCUCGACAACUCUGCCUGCUCCACUCUUCCUCUGCCCCCUUCAUUAAAUUCACCACCAGCUUGAAAAUCAGUCGUCUUCGAUACCAGAUUUUUCAUCAGUUCUUUGAAACAAAUUAUCUACACGUAAAUUACAAUUCUCUCAUCAUAAAAUAAUAUUCGUUCAACUAUCCUCGAGACAUCUUUUAUGUACGAAGGGCUUACGAUAAAACGAGUCGAAGCAUUUUCUGGAAGUCUACAAGCGUCUAGAUUCUGCAUCUCCACUCUAGAUUCUGCAAAAUCACCAAUGUAAAGUUAGUAAAGCUCAAAUUCGUGGUUGUUUACUUGGACCACUACACGUACAACUCCAACGAAUACGGAAGCAGAUUAGCCGUUACUUGAAGUAAAUAUCACGCAAUUAUUCCGAUGUUUAUUAGAAAAUAUCAAGAAAAAUAUUUAACUGAAUUUUUGGGGUGGUUUUAACGGCCCACGAUGUACGAUACACGAACUAAGUAACUUGAAGUGCGGGUUUUAAAUGCGAGUUGUUUAAUGGUAGUUAUUUUUGAUGACAAGUUUAUUGGAAUAAUUAGAAGUAUGGUUGGUAAUCAAUUUAAACCGACACGGGCGGUGUGUUAUCGCCAGGUAAGAUAUCCGAAAUUACCGCGUGUAAACUUAUUGCGAGUGAAAAGAUUGGGAUUCGUUCCCCAAAUGUGGAAUUAUAUAUUUUUUCAAUUUGUUUGAUGGAAAAUGGAAUUGUAUGUGAGAAAAGAAAAAUUUACAAACCAGGUUUGAAACAUAGAUAUAUCACAUUAAUCGCAAAGCAUAAGCUGGAAAGUUCAGGAAGUUUCAUGCAGCUGCUAGAUAUGAUUUUUCGUUGUUCACAACGAUAUGGGAGACUUCAAACGAGUUUUAUUGAGCAGAUGUCCCAGGACUUCCGAUGAGUGGGAAGGUUACCUCUUGUGCCUCUGACCAUUUCUUGUUAUACUGUUAUCCGACUGUGUUCAGUUUUGUUAUAAUGAAACAUUGCGGUUAAAUGUCUCGUCGGUGUUGCUGUUCUCCGAGUUGUCUUUUGGACGAUACGAUAAUCUUCGAAAGUAACUCAUGAUAUUAUAUGCAAACUUUAUAUUUUAUACAGAAUACUAUUUCUCAGCAAGGAGCCGUACGAAUUUUUCAAUUUAUUGGCUCAGAAAUUCUUAUGAAAUGUGAGCCUGGCUGGUACCUACUCAUAAUUCUAGGAAGAAAAUCCCAACCAUGAAUUGCAAAGAAUCUCAGACUAAUUUUGUCGUCGUGGUGAUUGCCAAGGAUUUGGAGAAAUCAUAAAAUGGAGAAAUUAUUGUCGUUGUUGCAGUAUAAUAUACAUUGCAAGGUAAUUAACUGGAUAUUGAUGGAAUAAACUCUGAAUUAAAUACGAGUGUUCUCAUGCAGUUUGACCGUAAUCUAGAUAACCCUAGAGUAGAAGUUAAUUUAGAUAAGAACAACUUGAUGCUGAAAUUAUUCAAAUGGCAGCACCCGUUGAGCUAAGCUUCUUAGUCGUUCUCGUGAAGUUAUUUUUGGUAGCAGGAAACUAGUGAGAAUGUCUAGGUUACGUUUAGCCCUGUUAUUAGUGAUGUAAAUAGGUAGCCCACCCACCCUAGACUAUCGCUCUAGCCGCUCAUUUGUGAAGUACGUGAUAAACUGUGCUUUGUAGAUGUCUAAUAUAAUGUAAGGCUUUGCUAAGCGCACAGAAACUGGGAGAUUGUGAACUGGAGUGCAAAGGACACAGAGUGAACUGGAGUGCAAAGGACAGAGAGUGAACUGGAGUGCAAAGGACAAAUGACGAACUAGAGUGCAAAGGGCUGAUGGCGAAAUGAUGUGCGAAUAGAAGAUGGUGAACUGGAGCGCAAAGUGCAGGUGGGGAAGUGGAGUGUAGAUGAUGGAUGACGAAACUGGAGUGCAAUGGUGGAUGGCAAACUGCAUGGAGUUCGAAUGUAAGAUUGUGAAUUGGAGUGCAAAGGGCAAGUGGCGAAGUGGAGUGCAAAUGGAAGAUGGAGAACUAAAGUGCAAAUGAUGGAUGACGAACUACUGUGAAAACCGCGAGCUAGCGACAGCGAUUAGAGAUCGAUGAAAGUGAUUAAGCUAGAAUCGAGAAGCUUGCGGAUAAACUUUGUUUAUUUAAACAGAUUUUACCUUAGCAGUGAAAUUACUCGUCCUUUUAAGGCACUGUCAUAACCUCGCUCGAGUUUCUUGAAAAGAAACGUUAGGAGUUUAGCCCUUCAACUUUUUGGUGUUCAGCGAAUAGUUCCUAGGUUAAUUGCUGAAAAUUACACUAUUGAAAUUUCUCAUCAUGACUUUAGACAUAAGCUUGUUUGGAGCCACAUCUUUGUCAGAAUUUAUUGUAAUGAAGUCAGAGCUCUCCAGGAGGCACAAGGAAAAAAAAAAACAUUUUGCAGAUUUUUUAGUUACUCUGACAAAUUAUUGCCGUUUAGGCAUGCCAGCCGUACAUUGAAAUACAGCCGUAGUUCUCAGCACAAAACAGCAUAAAUUACGAUUUCAUUAUCAGAAGAAAUGUUGCAUUUUCGCUUCAUGGUUUGUGUGUUAUUUUCUCUCUUUUUAUUUUUUAUCACUCCGACGUGCCAUAGUGUUUACUUCACCGAAGUAGACAAAAUAUAAAGGUCAUUGCAAGCAAAAUAAAUUGACCUGAAUUUAACCAAAAGUUUUAGUUAUGAAUGGUUCUUAGUAAUCUAAAAAUUAGGGCACAAGAAAUUAUGGAAACUGGUUUUCUGAAGAAUCGAGAUGGACAUUAAUUUCCUAAAUAAUCUUUCAUAAUGCUUGACAUAGUUUGCGAUGAUAGAAAAAUUGUGCAAAUUUUCAUUUCUUCUGAAAAUGCUAGCUAAGAAAGUGUGGUCAGCGUUUAUUUUUUAGGGCCGAGAGAAGGAAUUAGUGUCGAGGUUGAGACCGAUGAUGGUUGCUUAGAACAAACUGUAUACCCCUCACCCCAAUACAUGCACUCACCUCUCGUUCGGUUCCAGUUGAUCGAUUAUAUUUCAUAGACUGACCUGUAGAUCGGUAGACUCAUGUACCGUGAGACCUAAUUUGGAAGAUAAAUCGAUUGGUUUCGAUAUUUGUUAUCACGACUAAUGGAACUGAAUUUGAGUUAAUUGAACUUUUUUGCUUACGUCGAAAACUCAAUAAUUAAAGUAGAUUGAACUUUUUUGCUAACGUCGAAAACAACAAUAUUCGCUGAAUAAAAUUUUCAUGGAGAGUAUUUUAAAUCGUAAUUGUCACUCAGUUCAUAUCCGUAAAGUAAUGUGAUGAAAACCUAACAGAUAUACUGUAUUAUUGUUGAUCGAUUUUUUAUUUUUCAGGUAUCUAUCCUUGAAUAUUAAUUAAUUUCGACUCGAGAGGUUGCCAAGUCGAUAAAAUUCCUUUGUAAUAGUUCAAAAGCCCGAAAAACUAUUUUUCGGGUGGCAACAAUCCCAAAUGAAUCCCUGCCCGUGGAUUUUUCUUUUACAUGAGUUAUGCUUCAAUCCAAGGAAAGUCUUAUUGCAAAGUAAUUGUGAAAAGUAGAUUAUAAGAGACGAAAAAAUGGUAAUAUCAUGUAAAUAUUUCUAUAGCUUUGGGUGACGUAACUCAGAAACACAUUACAGAUCGUAGCUCCUUGCCUGAAAACUGCGUACUCUAGAUUUUGUGUUGUACCCUCUGGUGAUGAUCUGUCGUGUAAUGAUUGUGCUGCCAUCGAGUAUUGUUCAACCUUGAAAAAUUCCGGCUUUCUUCCACUGAAAAACUCUUGUUUCGUUUGUUCAACCGUGAAAAAUGCCGGCUUUCUUCCACUGAAAAACUCUUGUUUCGUUUGUUCAACCUUGAAAAAUUCCGGCUUUCUUCCACUGAAAAACUCUUGUUUCGUUGGUACGAUCCUU